GAGGAGUGGAGGUGGAAGGUGGCCGAGGGGUGCGGUUUGGCUGUGGUUUGAGAGGGUCGACGGGAACCCUUCCGAGAUCUUUCACGGCCCCGGGUCCCGAGACCGGUCCCAGUGACCCCUGUGAAAAGGUCAUCUGACCCCCCACCCCCAAAGGAGUCAUGAUCUACAAGUUGAGAACUGCUGACUUAGAAGGGCAUUCUCCAUCCUUAUGAUAUUUAAUUCUUCAGACCAGGAAGAAUAAGAUAUGUCUGUAAUUCUCAUCCUUCGUAUUUUCCAGAUCAAGGUCAUUAUUUGUACCUAAUACUGCUGCAACUUCUCUUGCAGGCGGCCGCUGUGGAUAUGCUGCUGCUCUUCGCUCUGGGAUUGCUUGUCCAUUUUGUGUUCUUCGCCUCCAUCUUUGACAUUUAUCUUACAUCUCCUCUGGUUCAUGGAAUGACUCCUCAGUUUACACCGUUGCCUCCUCCAGCAAAAAGAUUAGUGUUGUUUGUUGCCGAUGGCCUGAGAGCAGAUGCUCUUUAUGAACUAGAUGAAGAUGGAAACUCCAGAGCACCUUUCAUUAGGAAUGUUAUAAUGCAUGAAGGCAGCUGGGGAGUAUCUCACACACGUGUGCCAACAGAAUCUCGGCCUGGCCAUGUAGCCUUGAUAGCUGGCUUUUACGAGGAUGUCAGUGCUGUUGCCAAAGGAUGGAAAGAAAAUCCUGUAGAAUUUGACUCUCUUUUUAAUGAAAGCAAGUACACAUGGAGCUGGGGGAGUCCAGAUAUCUUGCCUAUGUUUGCCAAAGGUGCUAGUGGUGACCAUGUUUAUACAUACAGUUACGAUGCUCAAAGAGAAGACUUUGGUGCCCACGAUGCCACAAAACUGGAUACGUGGGUUUUUGAUAAAGUUAAGGACUUCUUUGAUGCUGCAAAAACCAACCAAUCUUUGUUCUCAAAAUUAAAUGAAGAAAAAGUAGUUUUUUUCUUACAUUUAUUAGGAAUAGAUACAAAUGGACAUGCUCACCGGCCAUCAUCAAGGGAAUAUAAGGACAAUAUUAAAAAAGUUGAUGAUGGAGUAAAGGAAAUUGUGUCAAUAUUCAAGCAUUUUUAUGGAGAUGAUGGGAAAACUGCAUUUAUCUUUACCUCUGACCAUGGAAUGACAGACUGGGGUUCCCACGGGGCUGGUCAUCCUUCAGAGACUUUAACUCCUUUUGUUACUUGGGGAGCUGGAAUCAAAUUUCCUCAAAAUGUGUCAGCUCAGCAAUAUGAUGAUGAGUUUUUAAAAGAAUGGAGAUUGGAAAACUGGAAGAGGCAAGAUAUCAAUCAGGCCGAUAUUGCACCACUGAUGGCAUCCCUUAUUGGAGUCCCCUUUCCUCUUAAUUCGGUGGGAAUUCUUCCUGUGGGUUAUCUUAACAACACUGGUCUCUUCAAAGCAGAGAGCAUGCUUACCAAUGCAGUACAGAUUCUUGAACAGUUCAAGGUGAAAAUGACUCAGAAAAAAGAAGCUACUUUACCAUUUUUGUUUACACCGUUUAAGUUGCUCUCAGAUUCUCAACAGCUGGACAUUUUAAGAAAAGCAAGAUCUUACAUAAAACAAGAAAGAUUUGAUGAAGUAGUGUCCCUCUGUGAGGAGCUGAUUGACCUUGCCCUGAGAGGACUGUCCUAUUAUCACACUUAUGACAGAUUGUUUCUGGGCAUCAAUGUUGCAGUUGGUUUUGUGGGAUGGAUGUCUUAUGCUUCUUUGUUAAUCAUCAAGUCUCAUUCUAAUAUCCCAAGAAGCACUAGGAAGGAAGGUAAGAAGCCUCACCAUCUCCUGCCUUGUAGCUUCGUGGCUAUUGGUGUUUUAGUAGCAUGCUUCCUGACGAUCCAAGCCUGCCCCUGGACUUACUAUGUGUAUUGCUUGCUGCCAGUGCCUAUAUGGUAUGCAGUUCUAAGAGAACAUGAAGUUAUUCAAGACCUGGUUGAAUCACUACUGACUUUUCCUCUGAGGCAUUUUGUUGCCUACUUGCUUGUCUUUACCUUGGGUAUUGAAGUACUGGUGCUCAGUUUCUUCUACCGAUACAUGUUGACAGCUGGACUGAUUGUGUUUGCAGGUUGGCCAUUUCUCACUCAGCUGUGGACCCGAGCAAAGAUCACCUGCCUGAGUUGGGCUUUCUUCUCUUUGCUUCUUGCAGUGUUCCCACUGAUGCCUGUUGUGGGUAGAAAGCCAGACCUUUCUCUAGUAAUGGGUGCCGGAUUGCUGGUUCUUCUGCUGUCGCUGGCUGUUCUAACAACUCUCGUAAAAAGAAAAACUAAUUUGGUAAAGGAGGAACUGUUGGUACUCCUGUUACAGAUGCUGAGUACAGUACUCUCCAUGUAUGUUGUGUACAGCACCCACCACAGUCUGCUAAAGAAAGAAGGCCUGCCUCUUAUGAAUCAGAUUGUGAGCUGGGCAACAUUAGCUUCUUCCCUGGUGACACCGCUCCUGAGCUCCACAGCCCUCUCCCAGCGACUGGCCAGUAUACUUCUUUCCCUGAUGUCGACCUACUUGCUCCUAAGCACAGGGUAUGAAGCUCUCUUUCCCUUAGUGCUGUCCUGUUUGAUGUUUGUCUGGAUACACAUGGAACAAGAGACCCUUCAACAGCCUGGUGUUUCUUGUAAACAGAAGCUGACCAGCAUCCAGUUCACCUGUAACACUGACAUAGCUCAGCUCCGACAGCUCUGCUUGGAUGACGUCCGUAGGGCCUUUUUCCUUGUUUUCUUUUUAUUAACUGCAUUUUUUGGAACUGGAAAUAUAGCUUCUAUUAACAGCUUUGACCUUGCCUCUGUGUAUUGCUUUCUGACUGUGUUUAGUCCCUUCAUGAUGGGUGCACUCAUGAUGUGGAAGAUUUUAAUUCCUUUUGUUCUUGUGAUGUGUGCUUUUGAAGCAGUUCAGAUAACUACACAGCUGUCAUCAAAAGGCCUUUUUCUUGUUGUUCUCAUCAUAUCAGACAUCAUGGCUUUGCAUUUUUUCUUCUUGGUCAAGGAUUCUGGCAGCUGGCUUGAUAUUGGAACAAGCAUCAGCCACUAUGUGAUCGUCAUGUCUAUGACCAUCUUUCUGGUAUUUCUUAAUGGCCUGGCACAAUUGCUCACAACAAAGAAACUCCAACUGUGUGGCAAACCCAAAAGCCAUCUUAUGUGAUGUUGGUGAAGCCAUCAGUCAGCAUCUGCAUCCUGAUUCUCCUUUUUAAAGAAAAGUCCCACCAAGGAGUCAAGAAAAUGGAUACUGGACCAGCGAGAUGACUCAGCGGGUAAAAGUGCUUGUUGCACAAGCUGACAGCCUGAGUUUGAUCCCUGAAGUCCACACUGGAAGGAGAAAACAGACUUCCAAAGGUUGUCCUUUGGCCUCUGAGUACACGCUGUGACACACACUCACUAUGCACUGGCACGUAUAUCAUGCAGGUAUACAUCACACGCAUACGUGAUAGCACUGCAUAUUUAAGAGAUGAUGGAUGAUGACUCACAGUACGCAUUUUGGAUUUACGGGUGUUCUGAAGUAAUGGUUUUUCUUUUGUCUGACAGCUUUUCCCUGCAGCCCUUUGCUCCUCCCUGUCAGCUUCCUGUAGCUGUGGGGCAGUACUGACACAUAACAAAGUCAUCCCCAAGUGGGGACUGAAUGGAACCACAGGUUACAACAUAAACUCGUAAACCCAGCAUCGGCUAGCUUUGUGUUAGCUCUGACUGCUGGAGCACGUGAUAAGUAAGACAGGUGGGGCUGCAGUCUGGGAUUUACCGAGUUGAGCCUCAGGGCAAAGCUGUCUGCCAGGCUUUGCCAUUCCUGCUCCUGCAGUACAUAGGCUUGUGCCUCUCUGAACUGCCUCAGGGGGUUCUUAUAGCCAUCCAGCUACAUUCUGUCAAUUUCUGGAUCAACUUCAAAUCUGGGGGGACUCUGCGGCUUUGUUGGUUAUUGUCUCAGUGUCACUCCCCAAAUCAGAGGCUGUAGUUUCCUGACAGUAUCAUAAAGACUCAAAUCGAUACUCUUUUGUCUUGAUAUUCUAGCCUUGACCAAAGGCCAGCCAUCUCAUUAGAUUGGGCUUUCCCUUUGUAUAUUCUAAUGUAUAAAGUAAUUUGAGAGUAGUUUUCAUUUGCGUUUUCCAUAAAGUGACCUAUAUAGUGUAGAGUUGCUUGUACAAUAUUGUUAACUGCUUAGCUGAUAUUUUGCUGGUAUUAUCCCUUUUAAAAAAAACAGUUGCUUUUGAUUGAAGUUAUAAUAUUACUAUUCUAAAUUGAUGACUAAAAAACUCUUUAUAAGUUAUUGGCAGGUAAGGAAAUAUAUGCUCUAGAAGAGUAAUCUCAGCUGAGCAAAAUAUACUUUAUUUUCUACUGAUACAGCAGGAAACCCAUUAUAGUGCAUUAAUCGAGAAAUACUGGUCCUAACACAGGCCUCAGCAUCACUGUGGAACAGUCUAGGUAGCAGCUAAGGAGCUGCUGCAGCAAUGCUGACACAGGCAGAACCAGGACCCAGCUACCUUCCCAGACCCUCGGGUGAUUUCUGAUCCCAUUAUAUGAACACUUACCAUUUACCUUUGUACAGGGGGUAAUAUUAAAGGGUGUGUGUGUGUGUGUGUGUGUGUGUGUGUGUGUGUGUGUUCAUACACAUGUGAGCACAGGUGCCUUCAGGGUCCAUAGAGAGCGUUGGAUCCCUGCCUGGAGCUGCAGUUACAGGUUGUGAGGUUGUGAGACACCAGCCUGUGCUUCUAAAACCGUAUGUUUUAUGAAAAGAAUUAAAAGUAGGCAUCUCAAGGUGAAAAAAAUUGAAAUAUUGAAUGACAGAUGAAAAACGUACUAUGUUACAUGAAUCAUGAAUGAUUCUUUGCUAUUAACUGUAAUGGUCAUAAUUUGAAAAUAAAUUCCUUGUACUUUAUUAUUUAGUAUAUAAAGUCUUAGAACACAAAAUGCUUUCUUACAUUUAAAAAAAUUAUAUAAUAAGCUGGAUGUGGUGACCCAGGCCUGUGUAUAAUCCCAGAGUUUACACGGCUGAGGAGGAGUAGUGAAAUAUUACAGUCAUGUCUUUAGAGACAGGCUGCAGCUAAGUAUUCCCCUCUCCUUGUGGGAGCCAAGUGAGCCCCAUAUACCCAUUAGAUGCCAUCUCAUCAGGAAGCCAGAGAGAAUGACACUGAACCACCUCAGUAAUGGAGAGUUCCCAUGUCCCACUAGGGGUCAGGGUCUGUUAAGAGAACAAAGGUAGCCUGGUCAGGGGCUCUUAUUUCUUCAGUAGUUCGUUAUGCCAACAAUGCCCUCAUCCUCUCUAAAAUACUUGAAAGUGGUUAAGAUUAUUGUGCUGUGUGCUUUCAGUCCCUGGUAAUGUCUUGGUAGCAUUCCCCAUUUCUUCCCUGGUAUAGUUUAUAAAAAUAGAUUUCUAAAGGUAAUUCUAUAAAGAAAAAUAUUUGAGGUAUAAAUGUCACUAAUUUUCUCUAGUACAGUAAAAUAGAUUGUUGAUGGACUCUCCGUGAGAAUUGGAAUAUUUAUGUGCACAACAGGGUUUUGAAAAUUGUUUCAAAGCAUCACUUGUUGAUAAAUAUAUGAUAAUAAAAGGCUUCCUUGAUUAAGUGUUUGAGAAACAUCUAGGAUAGAGAGGUUUAAAGGUGUGUUUAUUUCUGGGAGUUAGUGAGAUCGAUUUAUGCAGGAUGCCCACAACCUCCGUAUGUCUGGCAGCAGGGUGUUUUCUCCCUCCUGAUGGGUAGGUAUAUUUUACAAAUGUUUCCAUGUACUUUUCUACACAAUUUUUAAACGGGUGUUAUAUACUUAAUUGAAACUUUUCCUGGCCAAAAAAAAAAUGUUUAUUAUAACUGUGAAACUGGGAAAACUUGAGAACAUACUGGGGAUUUUGCCUGUACAUCACUGUCUGUCCCUGUUGGAGUGUCUUCUCUUUUGCAUCCUCAUCCUGAAAAAAAUAAAAUCACAACUCUCAA